GUGCACGCUCGGGUCCUUGUGCGCUGCUGCUAGCGAGGAGUCAGGUCCUUGGGCGGCCAGCCUUGGCCAGAAGAGCUCGCCAAAAAAGCGAGGGCGCGAAGCACUAGACCGCAAGGUAAAAGCGAUACGACACGUACACCGGCUGCUUUCACAAAUAUCAGCGUUAAAGUCUAACAUUUAGAGUUACAACGCCAACCCUGCACCACCUCGCUAUCAUAUAGCUGCUGUCCUCUUGGCUGUUACUAGUAGUGUUGUCUGUCGGCUUGCAUUGCGCGAGGCCGCAGCCGCCGUCGCAGCAGCGCGCAAAGGACGCAGCUGCAUAUAAGUUCGGCCCAGCCCCGCCGCCGGCUUGCUACAUCGCCCUCCGCCGCGCCCCCUUUCCGGAAGACAAGAUGGCACCGCAUGUGAUGCUGUAUGACUUGUACACCUACAAGCCGCCGGCUGAGUGCAAGGCGGAUCAGGAACAGAUAGCGCGCAUGUGGCGUUCGACUGGGCGCUACGAUGAGGGAGACAUCGCCUUUAUGGAGCGGGUGUUUGCGAACAGCGGCCUGUCGCCCACCGAAACGCACCUGCCGCCCACCCUCAACCCGCGCUUCGUGGGCAGCCGCGCCCGGACCGACCUGGAGGCGGCGCGGGAGGAGUGCAGCAUGGCGGUGUGCGGCGCGGUGGAGGGGCUGCUGAACAAGACUGGCCUGCGGCCCAAGGACAUCGACAUCCUGGUCACUACCUGCUCCGUCUUCUGCCCCACGCCCUCCAUGGCUUCCAUGUUGGUCAACAAGUUCGGCAUGCGGUCGGAUGUGCAGUCCUACCACCUGGGCGGCAUGGGCUGCGCCAACGGCGUCGUGGGCAUCAACUUGGUGGCCGACCUGCUCAAGGCCCACCCCAACUCCACGGCUGUGUUCGUAACCACCGAGACCCUUUCCGCCAACUACUAUGCCGGCCGCGACCGGCACCGCCUGCUGGGCCUCCUGCUGUUCCGCAUGGGCGGCGCCGCCGUGUGCCUCACCAACAAGCCUGGCCUGCGGGCGCGAGCCAAAUACGAACUGCUCCACCGCGUGCGCGUGCACAUGGGGCAGAGCGACGACGCGUUCCGCGCCAUCCGCCACUGUGAGGACUCCGAGGGGCUGCUGGGCGUCUACCUGGGCAAGAACGUGUGCAAGGAGGCCAGCAAAGCGAUGCAGCUGGCCAUGAUCGAGAUCGCGCCGCGCAUCCUGACCUGGCGGCAGCUCUUCGCAGUUGCAGUCGACAUAGCUCAGCGGCGGGCGCGCAAGCUGCUCGCCCCCAAGGCCGCAAAGCACAAGGCACCGGCACCGGCACCGACUGCUGUGGCGCCGGUUGCUGCUGCGGCUGCGGAUGCUGCGGCUGCGGCGGUGGCGGCAGUGGCGCCGUCGCAGAUGCAAACGGUGGCUAUCGAGGCGGCGGCUGCGGAUGGUUUGGACACCGGCGAUGGCAGCGGCGGCGGCGGUGGUGCUGGUGCUGGUGGUGGUGACGGCAAGGGCGACCGCGGCCCCCAGCAGCAGCACCAACCGCGGCACAAGCAGCAGCACCGCAAGAGCGGCGGCGGGGCGCACCAGGACGAGGACGCCUCUGACACGUGCCUCAGCGGCCGCGCUGACAGCGUGAGCAGCAGCAGUAGCAGCAGCGUCAGCAGCAACGGCGGCGACGGCGACAGCGACGGCGUCGACAUCGACAGCGGCGGCGGUCACGCUGUGAAGGCCGCCUGUGGCGUGGGUGAACUGCCGCUGCCGGCGACGGGCUCCGUCACCCCGGCCUGCCCCCCCACGCCGCCUCCCACCGCAGGAGCGGCGGCCCGUGAGCGCGGCAUUUGCUGCCUAGACCCGGGCGUCGGCACCGGCAGCACCACCAUCAGCGGCGCAGGUGCUGGCGGCGGCGCGGGCGCGGCUUCCACGCCGGCGCCGGUGCCGCCGGCUGCGCCGGCGGGCCCCACCAACCCCACGCCGAGAACUGCUGGCAACGCUGCUUCCGGAGGAGGCAGCGCUGGCGGCACCGCCGGCAGCACCAGUAGCAGCGACCACAGCAGCGGUCGCGGCUCGGCGGGCGCUGCGCCGUACCGGCCCAGCCUUCAGGAGUCCACCAUCCGCCACUUCAUCCUGCACGCAGGCGGCGCCAAGGUGCUGGACGGGCUGGGUGAGGCGCUGCAGCUGGAUGCCAGCCGCCUUGGCCCCAGCCGCGACACGCUGUGGGACUACGGCAACGUCAGCAGCAGCACGACCUGGUAUGCACUUGCUCACGUGGAGACGGUGGGCGGCGUGCGGCGGGGCGAGCGGGUUCUGCAGGUGGGCGUGGGCAGCGGCAUCAAGUGCGGCGUCAACGUGUGGAAGGCCCUUCGCGACAUUCACGAGGUGCAUGACGCCUGGGCACACCGCGCCAACCCGCCGGCGGCAGCCGCCGCCACCGCCUCUGCCAAGGUCGCCGUGGCCGCCACCGCCGCCGCCACAGCAGUCGGUGUCCCAGCGGGCGCCGAGCCGCUGCAGAAGUGCCGCACCUCCGCCAGCGCCCGCGGCCGCGGCGGCGGCUUCUGGGCAUGGCUGGCGGCGGGUCCUCGGUCGCCGUCGCCGUCGUCGUCGUCGCCGUUGCCCUCGUCGUCGUCGUCGUCGUCGUCGGCGGCGGCGGCGGCGUCAGCGUCAGGGGAUGCUGUGCUGGCUGAGUGCUGCGGCAUGGACCCUGUGGCGCUGCAGGCCCUGGUGGCGGUGGUGGCGGUGGCGGCUGUAGCAGCCGCGCUGAUGCUGCACGCGCUACUGCCGGCGCUGUAGCACUCCUACGUUUGAGGGGAUGGAGAGGGGCGGCGAGGAGAGAUGAGGGGAAGGGUGGCAGGAUGGAGGGAAGAUGAGGAGCUGGAGGGCAGGCUGGCAGUAUUCCCACGCAUGCAGGGCAGGGAGGUGGCAGCGUGCCACAGUGUGAUACGGCAAACUUGGCGGUGUGUUGCUUGGCAUCAUAAAAAUAGGUCCAUAGUCGCGAGCACUGCAGUGCCUCGGCGCGUGUGUUCGCAUUAGCAAGUAGGCAUCAGCUGCAAGGCCAGCAAGUGGCAAGCAGAUGGGUAGGUACUUAGCGCCCGAGGUCGCUGGCUGCAGGUGUGUGUACGGCAUGCAGAGCGCAUCCUGUGUUGAGUAGUACGGCACAUCGUGCGUAUUUCGUAUGGGGAUGCAGAAUAUUUGAUGUAUUGAAAUGCGCACUUGAGAGUAUAACUACUAUGCGCUGGGGUGAGGUGUUCGCCUUCCCUGAAGCGCUGCGCUCCGGGACUCAGGAGCAGUGAAAACCGGAGGAGAGAUUGAGAGAACGGAAGUAGAGGACCUUAAGUUGGAGUGUGUGGGAAGCGGGGAUGCUGGAAGGAGGACGGCAGGGAAGCGGGGAUGCGGGGCGGCGGCAUGGCCAUCCAAGUGGGGCAAGCAGUAUCCGCGUACGUAUGUGGAGGAGACGUGGUGGAGCGCGCCGCCGCCUUGUUGUUCACUGUUUGGCGAUUGGCAACUUGGCACAGGGACGCAGCCCGAUGACGCACUCCUGAUUUGGCUGACUUGACACCACCAUUGGCCCGUGCGGGUGUGCAUACAAUUCCAGCAUGUGUUGAGUAGCCAGUAGGGCUAAUUAAGUCGCUGAAGCUUGGAGCUACAGACCAGCAGGUCAGUAGGUGUCGAGCAAAGACAUGCACCGCUGAUGGGCCCUGAGCCAGGCCGAUGUAUUGCAGACCGAUCCAAUUGGCUUUGUAACCUGGCUGGAAC